AAAGCUUAUAUUAGCUGCUGUAAGUGCUUUUAUCACAGCUAUUACUGGAUACAUUUUUGUGUGUUUGUUCAAAUGCAUUCGCAAUAAUGGAGAAUUUAAAGUGUGUAAUUCAAUAAUUUUGUCGAGAAGUUACUAUAUUAUUUAUUUUGUAGUUGAAUUGGUUGAUACCGAAAUGGAACGGUUAUCAUAAGCAACACUUACCAUUAGAAUGUAAGUUUUGUUUUUAUCUCAAACUAUAACUUUUUUCAACUUUAGCUGAAGGUCAAAUAUCAAUAAAACAAGGCAUCAUUGGUACACAUGCAUCAAUUGAACAUGUUUAA